GUCAGUAACUAAUUGCAGCUAGUAGCUUCUAGGGCACGCGGGACCUCUGGGGCUGGGGAGAAGCCUGCAGAAAGCGGCUGGGGGCGGGGAGGAUCCCUAGUCACUAUGGCAACCGGAGACGCCUCGCAUUCUCCCGCAGCCUGCGGCUGAACUGAGGAGGCCAGUGGCAAAGACACAGGCGGCAGGAGGGUGGAGAAGGUGGCGGUAAUGACUACCGUGGUGGCGCCCGAGGCGAGCCCCGGCGGGGAGCAGCCUCGGCAGGAGGCCGGGCUAGCGUGCGGAACUAGCUGGGAGCCCAGCUCCAGUGGCCCCCAGGCGUCCCGCAAACAAGGUGUAUUCCCCAGCAGCCGCGGACCGUGCGCAGAGGGACGUGCAGCGUGGAGAACUGGGAAGAAAUUUUUAUAUUGUGAGCCACAUAAGAGAAUUAAGGAAGUACUGGAAGAAGAACUUUAUAUUAAGAAAGAUGAAUGCCACAUUAAAAAUCCACCUGCAGUGGCCCUGGAAGGGAUUUGGAGCAUUAAAAGGAAUCUCCCCAUGGGAGGUUCGAAGCCAGCACUGCCCAGCAGAAACACUUUACUGCCACAGGCCAAGUUCUACUCGAGGCACGGGGGGCUGAGAAGUAAGACCCCGACAUCCCAGCCUCCACCAAAGCCCUGAAGGUGCUGAACAGUCUACACACCGGUGGGUAAGAAGAAUAAAUUUUUUCUCUGAGAAGAAACCUUUCUCCUAAUGUUCGAAAAACAGAAGAAAUCCAAGCUCGUUUCACAGUUUAAGAGGUGUAAAAAAAUGUACAUUAAUCUAUUAUUUCUAUUAUUGGUAUUAAUUCCUGCCUAUUGAUUAAUCCAAAGUAAUGACGGACUAUUGAUAAAGUUUGCUAAGCACCUGAAAACAGUGAAGAAAAAUAUAUUUAUUUUUAGUCGUCACAGUUGAAAUA